AUUGCUCUACGACCGAGACAGCAGGCUGUUGGUGCGUAUGGUAUGGAUUGUAAAACGACUCUUGGAAAGAAAGGAAGCUGCAAGAGUUUCCGCGACUGCUACCCAUUGUUCAAGGUCGCUGACCUUUCUGGUUGGGACGGCUGGGUGAUGGGCCACUAUGACACUUGUAGCUACUUGUUUUUGAUAAAUUUGAAGGUGUUUGGUGUGUGUUGUACGGAACCAGUGGGUACACCACCGCAGCAGGAACCUGAUGUGCAACGAUUCGGCUAUAUACAACCACCUAUACCUGUACAUUUUCCACCUGCACCUCUGUCUGGGCUCUCCGGUGGAGUUCUGUCUGCUCUGACACGCUGGUCCUACGGAGACAGCAGCGUCCGGCAGAUCCCCGCGCAGUGGCCGCCAGCGAUACCCACGCACCCACCUGAUCACACGCCAGCCACGCAUCCGCCUUCCCUAGUUGCAGGGGUUACAACAAAGCCACCGAAUAUAUCCACUACUUCGACCACUUGGGCUACGAAGCCUCCCAGUACAACUAAACAGACCUGGGCACCGGCGUAUCCAACGAAACCAUCCGUACCUGCAGCAGCUGUAGAUGGUUCCUGCGGCAGAAAGAACGGACUCAGGUAUACAUAUGAAAGCACGUACCAAGACGAAGAGCGUAUUGUUGGUGGGCAUAAUGCGGAGCUGAACGAGUGGCCGUGGAUCGUGGCGCUGUUCAACGCCGGUCGCCAGUUCUGUGGAGGUUCUCUCAUGGAUGACCGGCAUGUGCUUUCUGCAGCGCAUUGUGUGGCACAUAUGACAUCUUGGGAUGUUGCCCGUCUAACAGCUAGACUUGGAGAUUACAACAUAAGAACGAACACUGAAACGCAACAUGUUGAGAGAAAAAUCAAGAGAGUUGUGAGGCAUCGAGGUUUCGACAUGCGUACUUUGUACAAUGACGUCGCCGUUUUAACACUGGAUCAGCCAGUCAGUUUCACGAACAAUAUUCGUCCAAUCUGCCUACCUUCUGGCGGUCGAGCUUAUCAGGGCAAAGUCGCAACGGUCAUUGGCUGGGGAAGUUUGCGGGAGAGCGGUCCUCAGCCCUCCGUUCUUCAAGAAGUGUCGAUUCCGAUUUGGUCGAACCAGGAAUGCCAGUUGAAGUAUGGCGGCGCGGCUCCCGGCGGCAUCGUAGAGCACAUGCUGUGCGCUGGUAAAGCUAGCAUGGACUCUUGUAGUGGUGAUAGUGGUGGCCUGAUGGUGAAUGAGAACGGUCGCUGGACGCAAGUAGGUAUUGUAUCGUGGGGCAUCGGUUGCGGUAAAGGCCAGUACCCCGGUGUGUACACACGCGUCACUUACUUCAUGCCUUGGAUCCAGAAGAACUCCAAUAGUGGGUAUACAAGAAGGAUAAUUUCGAAAUCAAUUUGA